AUGAAUACUGAACAAAGAAAAGUUUCCAGAAAGGAUCGACAAGAUGGGGAUAUAAACUUCUUCUUAAAAUCUACAGCAUCUACUCCAAUAUCCUUUUUUCGCUUAACUCAUCCAACUCAACGUAUACGAGCCAUUAAUAAAUAUAAAAAAUGUCUUGCCAUUGCUAUAAACCGUAGUAAUGGCUCAAUGCUUGAUAAACUGAAAGCCUUGGAUACUAACGAAGAAUUUAUACAACGAGACUGGGAAACUUGGUUAAAGGAAAAGAAAGCGGUCCUAGCCUGUCGAACAAGACACGAUACAAAUUUGCAAAUUCAACAAGAUUUUGCCUUAACGAUGAAGACAAUCUUUGGUGCAACGAAAAACGAUAUUGGAGAACAUAAUUAUAUUGUUUCAGAAAAACGUCAGCUGGAAGAUACGGAAAGUGAGGAGCUCUCUCAUAAAUUUUCGGUUCCAAAAAAGAUAAAAUCUGAAACCAGCAACAUUGAUGAAGUGCAUAAAGAAAUUGAUGGUAGAACUGCACGUUCAUCUAACAAACUAUACCCAGAAUUGAAUAGCUUCAAUAAUAUAUUUCUUCAAACACCAUCUGAAUUGACAUACCUUCCCGAAUCAAAGGAUUCAAGAGAUGACACCGAACCUGAACAAAAAGAAACAAUUCAAUUUCAAUACGAUUGGUUUGUCGGACUUGGCAUAAAAGAGUCAACGUUGAGUGAAUUUGACAAUAAGUGGACCAUCGGAACAAUUAAUAUUUCAAAUUUGCUACUAGAAUAUCGUAAUUUGUCUGUAAAAAAAGCAUCAGAGAACAAGCUAGAGAAUGCUGUCGAAAUGCUUUCACUUGAUCACAUAUUUUUGUUGGACGAGAAUUUAUCAAUUGGAAUUUCGGAGAUGACCGCAAAUGAAAACUUCCAAGGCUGUAAGUCAUUACUUAGGAAAUGGCAGAAGGAAGUUGAAGAAAACAAUGAUGAUUUAAUUUUGGAAGUUUUCGAGUCAAUGUCCUCUGAUGUUUUGGAUCCAUCCACCUACAAAAAUUCUCCUUUCCAGGGAAGGAGAGCCGAUUUUUCUAUUUAUACACAAAUUCAAAGCAAUAAAUACUAUCUAUUGGUAUCCGAAAUAAAACCUACCAGAUAUAUGUCUUCAAAGGAAACCAAUUUUGUGGAUUUCGAUUUAAUAAAAAUUGGGAAUGAAAUGAAGAACAUGCUUGAUAAGUGCAUUAAAAAUGGUGUAAAAACCAAAGAUUUGUCUAUAUGUAGCAUACUUGUUGAAGGUUUUCAGUGCAGUGUGUUUGUUAUGGAUCUGAAAUUUGAUGCGAUAUACCGAAUGAUACUCCUGGGAAAGUUUUUUCUUCCACAAAAUGUUCAUAACCUUAAUGUACUUUCCAUUGCAAUAGAAGAACUAAUGCAAAUAAAGCAAAUUAAUAACCUCUUCACGAUUCUUGCAAAGAGAAAAGAGCUUAAGAGUGCAUUUUCAAAAUUUGAGACUUACCUGAGAUGUAAAUGGUUGAGAUGUGACUGA